CCCAUAAAUCAAAGAUGCAUCAGUAAAUCAACCUACCUGCUUGGCGGGAGUGCAAGCUGGCUCCCAAUUCAAAGCGGUCUCCCCGCGACGACGCAGGCUCCGCAAAAGAAGAAACCCAACCCGCAGAAGAACCCUCUUCGCGACGAGGGUCGACAGCGAGCGAAGGACGAGGGCCCACACGAGGAACGUCGUUCGGCCAUCGGCGUUGGAGUCGCCGCCUCGGGCGCAGUUCAGCGCCACGCACGCCAGAUCUUGGAAGCCCUCGCAGAUGGGCCACUCGGAGACUUGGACGUGUCCAACGGAGUUCCCCUGGUGUCGAGGUUACCUGAGUAUCCACCCUCAAAGAGCGAGGUGGAGUCACAUGACGUCCACAAAGGCGGGACCGCGAGGCGUUACGUGUUGCGUAGGCUGCUGGCCGUUAAGGAACAGAUGGGCGAUGAUUCGGCGGACAACUCUGUCUGGCCCCACGCCUUCACGUCGCCUCAGCCUCAGAGCCUGGCCCAGCUUGCAAACAGACCGAGAAGGUUGAAGCGGGCGGUCGCCCAUCUGGACGACCUCCGCAGAGCCGAUAACGACGAACCAGGCCAAGAAAGAGGCACGUACGUCUUGCUCCUGUCGGACGACGAAGGCGACCUCAUUGACGUGGAGAGCGCGCGCCAGGUUGAAGGGCAGCUUGGGCAUGGUGGCAGCGGAGGCGUCGGCGAAAGCGUGACCGAGUUCCUGCCACUCCUCCGAGACAUUGCCGGAGGACGUCUGCGCGGGCCGCGGCUUCGCCGGGACCGAAGAGUGCGCGGCGACGUCUUCUUCAGCGAAGACGUCCCUCCGGUGCACCACGAAGCAGAGAGCCGGGACGCUUACGGCGGUGACGACGUCGUCCUCGACGGUAGGGUCGUCGGGGAGAACGAGACCGAGUUCUUCCCGCUGCCCGUGGACGUCAAGAGCUACAGAGGACGUCCCCAGGGCCAUCCUCACCACGACGACGUCCUCUUCGACGAAAAGGAGAGCGCGCCAGCCUUGCCGCUGUGGGAUGACGCCGGCGUGUGGACGUGGGCCACCGAGUCGUCGAUCGCCGUCCACCAGCGCGGGCGAGGGGACCGCAAAGGCGAGAGCGAAGGCGCCGUGCUCUCCUGGCGUAGAGGCGUUCCCGCCGCUCGACCGCAAGGCGGGUUGGCCGGUUCUUCGGGGUUUCCAGGAUAUCGGAGAAGUCGCAGUCCCAUCGUCGUUGAGGUGUCGAAGGAGAGCGAGGCCAGGCACCACGAGAGACGCCGUUUGAACGUUGGGCCACUUCGGGCGCCCCCUAGUACUUCAGCGCAGGCUGGCGAACGUUUCAGCAGCGACAGCGAUGGGAACGGCAGUCGACGUUUUUUGAGGGUCUGGCGGAACCACUCGUCCAUGUCGCCUGUCGCGCGGCGCAUCUACCGCAAGCGGCUUCACGGCAGGCGCGACUACAGGCAAGCUCUGGUUCAGGUUUCUCCCGCCCUUCCGGCCCCUCCGGCCCCUCCGGCCACUGGCGAAGCCGGACAGAACACGGACAAGUCCGUGGCGGACAUGAUCAGCGCCGCCCUGAAGCUGUUCACGGUGGACGCGAUCGUGGGCAUACUGAAGCGGUUCGACGGCUGCCGUGACACCAGGCACUCGCUGUUCAACCUGGUCGGGCCGGACUUGGCCGUCGACAUGAUGACCGCGUUCGUGGGCAACAGCAGUCCCUGGCUGAGCGUUCUCGAGGAGCAGGGGGCGCCGCCCAAGUUCGACGCCGUCGACGGAAUGACGGCCGACCUGUCGUCGCUCCAGCUGCCCGCCGAGGUCGAGGUUAGCCUCAAGGGAGUCGCCGAACAACCGCUGACACCGGCUUUCUUCGGAGACGUCGAGCGGAACGCGACGAAGGCGAGCACGGCCCUGGAAGCCGUCAUUGCGUCCAGGGCGGCGCUGAUGUACUGGCAGAAGACGUCACAGGCACACGCACCACAUGCUCAGCAGUACGUGACCAGCGCGAUUGCCGCCCUGGACGGGAUCACCAUCGCCAAAAGGAAGAGCCUGAACGAUAGUGUGCAAAAUGUCGUCACCGCCUGCGAUGAUUUGAAGAAAGCCAUGACAGUCGACCAGAAAACGCCUUUGAAGGAUUACCUGAAGACGAACCUAGACCAGUGGCCGGUUCUGCAGCAAAACCUGACAUCAAGCCUCGACGUAAUCAAAGACAUGCUCCCGAAUAUACGGAAGCAAGUCAACUCGGACAUCGCCUCCUUCAUCGACCAUGCCAGGACUCAGGCUAGUCUUGUUUCUUAUACAAAUUAUUUACAUUCGGGGCCGAACCUUCACAGAGGACUAGGGGUUGCAAGAAUGCACCAAUCUAAAGAACAACAACGAGAAAAGUAUACGUAGUACGAGAUGCCAACGAACGAAACAAUGUUAUUAA